GGGAAUUCCACUCAUGCAGACUACAUGCAGCUACACACGCUUCAAUAAAAACUGAUCAGUAUUGCUACAAACAUUUCCAAGUACUCAUUUCUUGGGUCCUAGGAAUACGAAUCACUGUUACAGAAUCAAAACGGAAUUACAAAGUUGAAGAAAACUCAUUGCAGUCGAUUAAAUAAAAUAUACCGUUUAGAUAUCCAAAUGGCUGACCGAAGUGACGAUGUGGUGGUAUUAGAUCCCAGACGUAAUCAAAGUAUGGAAAAGAAGAAACUGUUUGAAGAAAUGUUGUUGAAAGAAAUUCCAGGCACAAGUAGAACAAACGAGCCAAUGCACGCCGUCCUUGAAGGUGAACUUGCGGAAAGUGAGAUGACGGAAGGCAAAGAAGCUCAGAAUGUCAGAAAUCGUGCUCUACUUCAUUAUCUGGCAUCAUUGGCAAACUCCAACAGUACUAAAGAUACAUUUGACUUCGAUUUUGUUGAAUCUUUACUCAAAAAUGGUGCGGAUGUGAACAGUACAGACAAGACAGGUCAGACGGUGUUUCAUGAAGUAGCCAGGUCUUGGAAUUGUGACGUAGCAGGUUUUCUCAUUAAGAAUGGUGCUAAUGUGAACCAACAAGAUCACUAUGGCAGGUCAGCACUUCAUGUUGCUGCCGCAGUGGAUUACGCUGACAUGGUUGAAUUUCUUCUACAAAAUGGAGCCAAUAUUGAUAUCAAGACGACUGGAAAUGAGCAGACUCCAAUACAUUUUGCCGCUAAAAAUGACGCCGUCAACUCUAUUCAGAUGUUGCUAGAAUACGGAGCAGAUAUUGACGCACGCGACCUCAAAAACAGAACUCCACUACAGGUAGCCGCUGAAAUGAAUCGUUCUAAAGCUGCUAAACUCCUGAUCGCUGAAGGUGCCCCAGCUGGUGUGCAUGACAACUUGGGAAACUCUGCCUUGUCUCUUCUCAUUGAAAAGAUCCCUGAAGUGGCUUUAGAUGCAAUGGAUCAGUUUCAUUCAGUAGACACAAUAAAUCGUAAAGAAUUUUAUUUUCUCAACUACCUUGAAGGUACCAAGUUAAAAGAAGAGAAGACGCCUGCUAGAACUCCGCUUGAGAUUGCUGUUCAGAAUGAGAGAUUUGAUAUCAUCAUGCAUCCAGUCAUGCAACGUUUGAUUGGAGUGAAAUGGCAAUGCUAUGGUAAAUGGGGCGCGGUACAAGACCUGGCACUCAAUCUUAUAUAUACCACAUUAUGGACAUUGCUUGCAAUCACUUUGCCAAAGUAUGGAAGAGAUUUGUAUAUUCCAAUUGGUCCAAAUUCAUGGAGACUAGUGGUUGGCAUUUUCCUGAUACUAUUAACGAUAGUGGAAAUAAGAAAACAGAUACUUAAUACGAUAAAAACUCGACAGGAACAUAAUGCAUGGAAAGAAUGGCGAGCUUCUGAACUUGAACGUGACAUUGAGUACUGCCAUCCACGUUGGCCACAAGAAGCUCAGUACGUCAACGCAGAGAUAAAAGCUGUUCGAAAUCUUUCGCUUAUGUCAGGCUCUGUUUACUGGAUCUAUUUCGAUUGGGUCGCACUCGUUCUUAUCUUCGCGACAAUCGCAUCUCACUUGAUUUUCUUCCACUACAGCACAGAUCUAUCCAAAGAAGUUCAUCAUUAUAUAAUAAUGCCACUGCUCUUGAUACUCUGGCUACGAAUUUUCAAAUAUGCAAGACCUUUCGAAAGUGCGGGACCUUUCAUUGUGAUUUUUAGCAGCGUCUUCGGUGAUAUUACCAAGUGGGCAUUUCUGAAUCUUGUCAUCAUUAUACCAUUCACUUGUGCAUUCUGGUUGACAUUUGGGGCAGUUUCGAUACAACCUGUUGAGGGUUACGAUCAUGUUGGUCCGUUAUUGUACAACAUCUUCUCCAUGAUGGUUGUUAACAGUCACGGUUUUGAAAACCUUGAGAAAGCAAAUCCGUUCAUGGCCAGGCUGUUAUGCGGUGGUUUCAUCGCAAUUGCUGCAAUAGUAACACUGAAUUUGCUCAUUGCUCUUCUUACCAACACUUUUGAAAGACUUUACGAGAACGCCGUUGCCAACGCAGUUAUGCAAAGAGCAGAAACAAUUCUUCUUCUUCAAAAGUCUUUAAGACGAAAGCAAAAGUCGAAAUACUACAAAUUCAUUAAGGAGAGAGCAAGUCCUGAGGUGAUUUCCAGGAAUCUUGGUCGGCUGAUGACGAUGGACCACGACGAAGCAUCAAUUGAACGCGUUCGUGAUGACGUCAGGGAGAUUAUGCAGAUUUUGGGUGAACAGUUUGGAAAGAGAUUUCGAAAGGGCAAAAAAUCUGACUUGGACAUUGUAAGAACGGAUAUAAAUAAACUACGACGAAUUCAAGAGGAAGUGGUUGUGGAUGUGAGGAACAUGAAAUUACUGUUUGAAAAUGUUCAGGAACAACUAAGUUCAAUUUGCAAAAUGACCCCUCCCAUUAUUAUGACAACGACCAACUGCAAGAAUCAGAACGAGGAUAACGGCGAUAAUAGUGAUGAAAAGAACAGUAGUAGUGAAGAUGAUGGAUACAAAAGGAAAAACAUCCAUAGCAACUCCCAUGAGAAAAUUCUUGUAAAUAAUGCAAGGGAAACCAGUAGCGACCGUAGUAAGAACAUAAAGAAAAUCAACGACAAAAUGAAAAACAAAAACAUGGAUGAUAACUCUCGGAACGCUCUAUCGCGAAGAUUUAAGGAACGUGAUUUCAAAAGUAUGAAGAAAUCUCAUAAUGGUAGUGGUCAAGAGACACCCCAAAAGAGUCAAGAGUUGUCCACAGAAUCGGGAAGCUCCAAUACAGAGUCGAACAGUCAAAGUGAAGAAAACUUUGAAAACAAUGUUAAAUUGAUGUCAUAUAAGAGAAGAGAUGAAAGAUCCAAAAAUAAAAGCGUUAAUCCUCGGAAUGAGUUCAACCUAAGACUGGAGAAGAAUUCUCAAAGGGAAUCAAACUUCGAAGAAAUGCCUACUCAAAACGAUGACGGAGCAACAAAAUUGAAAUUGAAAAAGCCACCAGGAAAAGUAAAAUCGCACUUCUAUGACGUACGCGAUCCGGCUGUGCCUCAGCAAUCAUUGAUGUACUCACCAGGAUACGUACCAUUGCAUGAUGCCUCGAGUGAUAACCAAAAUUUGGCCUUUCAAAGAAUUCCUUAUCAACAGGGGCAGUCACAAAUAUUCCCGCCAGGCGUGUGGAAAUACAAUGAUAUUCCUUUUAAUCCUAUACCCCAAGAAUCAUUCUCCAACACUCACGUAGGAAGUCCGUUGGUGCACCAAACGAAUCCUUCGGGAACAGUUUCAAUGCAGCAGGAGUUACCUCCACAGUUUCAAGUUGUCCACGGGAAACCUUAUAUGCUUAACCCUAGUAUCUGGAGCGACCCAAAAUACGUUCCUUCGAAUGGGGGCGUGGUUCAAUCAACAGGGAGGCGACAUCAACUGGGAUAUUUUCAUGAAAGGGAAUUGGAAAAAGGCAAAAUAACAGAAGGUGUCGCAACUGACCAACCCAUGCCAACAAGCGCUCUACGACGAACAACGCCACAGAUUAGCUCAAACAAGCCUCAAAUUUGCCGCAGCAGUACCCAAACAACAACUACACUUCAGGAACCGAGAACAUAUGUUUCCGAGAAUUAUGGCUUUGAGAGAGACGGUGAACUAUUCAAACCAAUCAUAAGAACAGGAUAUCCACCGGACGAUCAGAUUUCCCCCCGGUUUGAGACGGAGCAGAGUAUACAUUCCUUGCAAGAAUAUCGACAUGAAAAUUACGACAAAGAUAGAACUUUCUCUCCAAGCAGUAGUUUCGAUCAAAUAAGGUCAAACCCAAGACGUUUACCAGCAUCAGCAAGCGUUAACUCGACAUUUCCUAACGAAGGAAGUACGAAACCGUUAUUUUCCCAGUUUUUGAAGUCUUCUUCCGACAGUACUUUGCAUCGUGAUCAAAAUUUUGUUCAUGCAGCUUCUGAUAGCAGAGAACGCCAGCGCAGUAUUUCUUUACAGCCUACCCGGAACGAGUUAAAAAUAAUUUCCAGGCGUCGACAGUCGGAGAACGUAAAUGUUAAACGACCGAGUUUCCAGAUAGAAGAAAAAGAGUUCCUUGAGCCGUUUCAAAGUUUACGACAAGCAGUGAAGCCAAAUGAUAGCAGUGACGCGUUUUCACAGGAUGAAGCAUCUUUAUCACCAAGUACCAAAAAAAAUGUAGAAGAAGAAAAGACUGAAGAGGGAUUUAUGUCUAGAACAACACCGGAAACCCGAGACUGCGAUGAUAUUGGUAAAUCACAAGUUAAUUGAUCAUGGCAUUUUUGUAUUUUUACGGUUAGAUUUAACAUUAAUUAAAUUUAGUCUGUUAUUACGAGCAUAUAAUGUAUGUGCAUAUAUGCAUGCAUAUGCUCGUUAAAGAUAAUCUUCCUGAGAAUCGUAUGAAUAGAUUAUUCGUGCACUGAAAUAGUAGGCUAAAUGUAUCGAAGCCCUAGUUAGUGGAAGCUCGAGACA